CGCGGGGGCGCGGAAUUCUGGCGCUGUCGCGAGCCGGUCGCUCUUGGAUGACGUGCGGGUCUCCGCGAGCUGCCAGCAUGGAGGAGGCCGCGGCGGGAAGCGGCGGUGGUAGCCCUGCCCUGGGACUGGCUCUCGGGGAGCUGCUGGGGGACGAAUGUUACGCCGAUUUUUUAAGAGAAGGCUUUGAUGUAAAGACAUAUACCUCUCAAUCUAUUCAUCAAGCUGUGACAGCUGAACAGUUAGCAAAACUUGCUCAAGGAAUCAGUCAACUGGAUAAAGAGCUUCACUUACAAGUAGUUGCAAGACAUGAAGACUUCUUGGCACAAGCAACUGGCACUGGAUCUCUGGAAGUCUUGCUUGGUGGCAUCUGCAGAUUUUAUGAGUGUACUCUCCACUCCUUUAUCCAAGACAUGUAAUGCAAAUAUUGAAAGGUACAAGACCCUGGACUGAUCCCUGCAGGACCCCACAUAUAUAUGACCUCCCAGUUUGACAGCAAACCAUUGAUAGCUACUUUCUCAGUACAGCCUUUCAACCAGUUCAACUAUUAUAGACUUGGUUAAAGUUGAU